AAAGCUUUCUGCCUGCCGUCGCCAUUAAUCCAGUACAUGCAUCAUUUCGCAUUAGAACUUCAAAUUAUUUAAAAUUCCUUUAAAAAACAAACAAAAAAUGAAGUGUGCACAAAUCUUGUUGAUCGUGGGAAUCAUCGCGGCCGUGCAGGCGAACGAAAAUACUCAAGAUAAGUUAGCAAAUAAAUCUGCGUCAUCAACGCCAACCCCACCGCUCGGCGGACCAAGUUCAACUACUGCCCAACAAUCCACUCCCGUCACAGGUCCUGGAGUCCAAACUGGGGAGAAAAUCCCUGCACCAUGUCCAUCCAUGGACGCCAUGAAACCCAAGGAUUGCACGCGUGAAUACAAACCUGUUUGUUCCAGCAAUGGUCAAACCUAUAGCAAUCAGUGCGAAUUUGAAAAUGCUCAAAUUCUUGAUCCAACUUUGACCAUGACAAGGGCUGGAACUUGCUGAAUUUUGUCCGGAAAUUUCGAACCAAAAUUAAAUUUACAACUUCUUUAUUGAUUACUUUUUUUGAAAUACUUGAAGGGAUUUUUUGUUUUUAUUGAUCAGAGUAUAAGCUGUGUUCGCAGAGUUGGUACGAAAAUAAUCACAAAGUAUCGCAAAAAGCUGACUACGCAAGAGUCGCACAAGAAAGGUCCCUAACUUAAAGAAACGCAGAAAAUCGCAGAAAAGGUCCGUAAGAAUGGGAGAGAGAGAGAACGGCCUAAAUCUAAAUUUACAAAUCUUUACAAUUGUAACUUUUAAUUGCAUGAAAAACAAAACAGUAAAUGUACAAUACGAAACUAUCUCAAUCACAUCUUCCAACUUUAUUCUCAAUUUUGCAUAUUGCAUAUUUUUUGCAAUUAUGUACGUGCGUGCAAAAUUGUAACCCGAUUGGGCAAGUUUUACAUACAUAUAUACGACCGUAAUCGACAGACAGACAGACAUCCACGACGGGUACAUAAACCCUGACUCCGGCUAAAAAUUCAUUUCUAAACAUGUUUGAUCAAUAUUGUAUCAUAUCAUCACCUCAGCAAAGCCUAAUUUGUUGAUCCAGGCAAUAGUCAGAUACACACUUUUAUCGAUUACACUAGUGUCAACACAAGUCACGUCAAAAAUAGUUGAGAGAACUUGAUUAAACCUUAAUCAAAAAGUUACGCAGCACUCGUUCAUAAUUAUGGUUAACAAAAAACCGGAAACGACAACCACCGAGGUUGAAGAUAAUACAGAGCAAUUGGCUCGCGAUGAGUUAAAUCGACUUUCCAGACAACUUCGUUUAAUGGAAAAUGAUAAAAAGGCGUACUUGGAAGAAUCCAACGCGGCCAUUAAUCAGCAGCGGAAAACUAUCCGAGCUCUGGAAGAGGAAAAUCGCAAAAUUGAGGCAGAGAUCGAGGCUCAAAAAAUCAAGCGAAAUGAGACAAUUGAAGGUGACAAUCUCACCAAAAUUCUCACCUUGGUCGACCAAUAUUUAACUUUGGAUAAGGAAGUUAGAACCGGCACAAAAACAGUUCAUGAAGUCGACAAACAAUUAUCCUUCGCUUCAGCUCGUUUAGCCAAACUUCACUCCAAAGUUGAAGCUGCUAAUUUAGCUGCUGGAAAAAGUAUGGAGUUUUCCAACAAGGAAGUUGAAACUAAAGAGUUUAACGCCAAAAAGAAAUUAGAGACGGUUACGAGCCAAUUUGACUCCAUCGUAGCAGAAAACGCCGAGCUGAGGACGCAUAUUGACCAAAUUUUAAAAGAGAAUGUCCGAGUGAUGAAACGUAACAAAGAAAUUGAAGAGAUUUCCAACAAAAAUAAGGCCACGAUAGACGAUUUAGUUGACCAAGCUACCAGUGCGUAUGACCAAAGGGAGGAAGCCGUUGCAAAAGCAAAUGUUUUAUUUGAACGCAACGAAAAAGAAAAGAAACAAUACGUCCUCGAAAUCGGUGAACUGAAACGAUUGAUUCGUCACGAGGAGAAAUUGCUGGAUUUCAUGUCGACAAAAAACCAAGACAGAAUCUUUCUGGAAACGGAUGAUGAGCGCUUGAGUCGGCUUGAAUCCGCCAAAGAACAAACGAUCGACGAUGCGAUGGAAUCAUAUCAGGAGAAUUUGAACAAACUUCUCACAAAAGAGUCGCCCAGAUUAAUGGCGUUAGUUGAAGAGUACUCGACACUCUGGAACAAUAAUAUUAAUCGGUUCAACUACAUUAACGAACUGAAUAAUGAUCUUGAAGUACUGCAAGCGGAUGUGGAGAAUUUGAGGGAUGAGAUAAAACAAAGUGCUGUUGAAACGGUGGAAAGAAAUCAUGAAAAAACAGCAGAAAUCAAUAAAAAGCAGGAAGAACUGGAACUACUAAAAGAUGAAUACGAUUCCAUUGAAAUGCUCGUCACUUCGUAUAAAGAAUUCAUGGACGAAAUUCUAAAACUGAUUGAAAGAAUGUUCUACAUUACGGAUUUUGAAGACGCAAAACCUGUCCUCGAACUGAUUGGCAACCAGCAAGAAGUAUCCUCUCAGAAUUCUGUCCUGUACUUGAACAUAUUGGAGAGCCGCAUCUCGGAAAUAUUUUCGUCCAUGCGUCGCGGUGUAGCGAGUGGUCGCGGAACGCCGAAAAGUCCACGACCUCAGAUUAAAUCUGUUUCCGCUGCUGCUGCUGGUGCCACGGUGGUUGGACAUCCUCGAAUUAUUAUUUCGGGACAGACCAUCUCCAUCAAUGAGGACAAUUCUGAAGGUGACGCUAUGAGUUCAAUCGUGGAAGAAGAGCCAAGUCCUCUGGAAUAUUUUAGCAUGCGAGGAAAAUUACUGGAUAACAACAUCUCAUCAAAGAACCCAUCCGAUACGGAAUCCGUGACGAAUGAAGAACACGAGCCCAAAGAUUAAUUAAUUAUUUACAUACAUGUAAAAAUCCAGUACUUACAACUCCUCUUCGGAUGCAAAUAUCUCUGCCAAACGUGCCCAUUGGGAGAUCGUGUCUUUCGCAAAUUUCAUCCUAAUUACAUUUACCAUCGAUUGACACUAAUUUGCCCAAAAUCCGAGAGCAUACGCUGGGAGACCUCCAUUCUUAGAAAUAAUUAGUAUACGCAAGUUUAAUCUAGUUGGAUGAACCAAAUCUCGGGCUUACAGAGUCAAAUUAAAGCGUCACAAAAAACAACGCUUUAAUUUCAUCCUUAAAUAGGUGCUCAAUGUCAAAAUGGGACUUGAGCUUGCAUACAAUUAAUAAAUUAUACAACACACCACUUAUUGGCCAAUUGGACAGUUAAGCAGACUUGAACUUGAUUGCAAAUUGGAUGGCAUUGUUAAAUUGUAUUAAAUUGCAGUAAAAUUAAUUCCGUCCGUAAUUUAGUCCGUGUGGAAUUGGUGGAGAAGUCGCAGUUUAUUAUAAUUAGCUUUAAUAAAUAUGUAUGUACCCGAAUAAAAUUAGUGCUUUGCACCCUUCUUUCUCAUGCA